CCACCAGAGCAGGACCAACCCCAUUUCCCCGCACCAUUAAAAGCUCCCCUCUUGGCGCUUACCAAUUACCACCGAAGGCUCCAGAGGCAUCUUCGUCUGCAUCUCUCGCUCUUCUUUUGAUUGCUGAGGCCACUCUGAUAGUUUAUUUGAAACCCUACCACUCUCAUUUCUCUUCGUCAGCAGCGGCUCGAAGAUGUCGCUUCGCGUCCUCAACCCUAAUGCCGAGGUCCUCAACAAGUCGGCAGCGCUUCACAUGAACAUCAACGCCGCCAAGGGUCUGCAGGACGUCCUAAAAACCAACCUUGGCCCCAAGGGCACCAUCAAGAUGCUCGUCGGAGGGGCAGGGGACAUCAAGCUAACCAAGGAUGGGAAUACCCUUUUGAAAGAAAUGCAAAUCCAGAAUCCAACGGCGAUCAUGAUAGCGAGGACAGCCGUUGCUCAGGAUGACACAAGUGGGGACGGCACUACUUCCACCGUGCUCUUCAUUGGCGAGUUGAUGAAGCAGUCAGAGCGAUAUAUUGACGAAGGGAUGCAUCCAAGAGUAUUAGUUGAUGGCUUUGAGAUAGCUAAAAGAGCAACUCUUGAGUUUUUGGAGAAAUUCAAGACACCUGUUGUUAUGGGCGAGACACCUGAUAAAGAGAUAUUGAAAAUGGUUGCAAGGACAACUCUUAGGACUAAGCUAUAUGAAGCAUUGGCAGAUCAAUUAACUGACAUUAUUGUUAAUGCGGUACUCUGUAUCCGUAAACCUGAUGAACCAAUUGAUCUGUUUAUGGUGGAAAUAAUGCACAUGCGCCACAAAUUUGAUGUUGAUACUCGUUUGGUAGAGGGUCUUGUCCUUGAUCACGGAUCUAGACAUCCUGAUAUGAAGCGGAGGGCAGAAAAUUGUUAUAUUUUGACAUGCAAUGUGUCAUUGGAGUACGAGAAAAGCGAAAUAAAUGCUGGAUUUUUCUACUCAAAUGCCGAACAGAGAGAAAAGAUGGUUGCUGCUGAGAGGCGCCAAGUUGAUGAAAAAGUCAAACAAAUCAUUGAAUUAAAGAAUAAGGUUUGCCCUGGCAGCGAAAGUAAUUUUGUUGUGAUCAAUCAGAAGGGCAUUGAUCCUCCAUCUUUGGAUCUUCUAGCUAGAUCAGGGAUUCUUGCUCUUAGAAGAGCAAAAAGGAGAAAUAUGGAACGACUGGUAUUGGCUUGUGGCGGUGAAGCUGUUAAUUCAGUUGAUAAUUUAACUCCAGACUGCCUUGGUUGGGCUGGACUUGUUUAUGAGCAUGUCCUUGGGGAGGAGAAGUACACUUUUGUGGAGAACGUGAAAAAUCCCCACUCCUGUACAAUUUUGAUUAAAGGACCCAAUGAUCAUACAAUUGCACAAAUCAAGGAUGCUGUUCGUGAUGGUCUCAGAUCUGUUAAGAAUACACUUGAGGAUGAGGCCGUUAUUCUGGGGGCUGGGGCUUUUGAGGUUGCUGCCAGACAGCAUUUGAUCAACAAUGUCAAGAAGACUGUUCAAGGGCGCGCACAAGUUGGAGUCGAAGCAUUUGCCAAUGCACUACUUGUGGUUCCGAAGACACUAGCGGAGAAUUCUGGCCUGGAUACGCAGGAUGUCAUCAUUUCUUUGACGAAUGAACAUGAUAAUGGAAACGUUGUGGGUUUGAACCAUAACACUGGGGAGCCAAUUGAUCCUCAGAUGGAAGGCAUAUUUGACAACUACUCUGUAAAACGCCAAAUUAUCAACUCCGGGCCUAUCAUAGCUUCUCAGUUGCUGUUGGUGGAUGAGGUAAUUCGAGCCGGACGAAACAUGAGGAAACCAAGUUAGUUUUAAUUUAUGCUCCAAAUGGAAUUUCAUUUCUUCAGUUUGGUCGUGGUUUCUCUUAUUUUUGAGAUGGCUAUGUGAAUCCGUUGCAGCGAAUAGUUUUGUUUAAUUGUUGUGAUCUCACCACCUGUCUCUGGUGUGGUUUGGGGGUUGUGUUUUUGUAGGUGGAUUAAUUGUUUGUUUGUUUUUUUAUUAGCGUGAAUGUGUGUUACCAUGACUUAAUUUAUUGAUUUCUAAAUGAACGCUGAUCAAAUUUUGUUCUCA